AUGGGUGCUCCCAAAGAAGUUGAGACACCAGGAGAGUUCAAAUGUGAGCUCUGUGAGUUUUCAGCCCCAUACACAUCCUAUGGGUGGAUGCCACCAAACUCAAUAACCCUGGUACUUUUGGAAAAAGCUUAUGUCAUGAAGGUUCCUGUCACCCCUGACAAAGACAAGUUCCUCAUCACUGGGUCUCACUGCAGUUUGUGUAGCAGAGCAGUGUGUGUUGGUACAGACUGUAGUCUGUUCUACUCCAAAAGUUUCUGCCUCCCCUGUGUGAAGGAAAACUUAAACACCUUUCCUUUGGAAAUAAAAGAAGACAUGGAUAAAAGGAAGCCCCAGCAGAAAUCCUGCAAAGAAAACGGAUACAAAGCAUAA